UAAUAUUUUGAUUUUGCGAUUUCCUGUUUUGUUCGUUGUCUUCACUUUCACCCUGUUGUCCUGGCUAUUUUCUUUGAUUUUGCUCGACUUUUUAUUGCUAAGUGAAUUUUGGGGUUCUUAGUUUUUGAUUUUGUUUGGAUGAUCUCUUACAAAACUUGUUAAUACAAGGGCUCGUUUUCUUUAUCUUUUAAUGAAUACUUCAUCUGUCCUUUUUUUCUUAAAUUAAGGUGACGCUGGUAAUAUUUGAUGAGUCGAAAGAGGUUUUCUCUUUGACCAAUAAUUUUUUCAAACAGUUUUCAUAUAUUUUGGUAUCGACUUUAUUAUACUUCAUUUCCUCUGUCCUAUUUUGUCCCGACUCCUGAUCCUUAGAAGAUGGCCGAAGGUGAGGACAUUCAACCACUCGUUGUUGACAAUGGAACUGGAAUGGUUAAGGCUGGCUUUGCUGGAGACGAUGCUCCAAGGGCUGUAUUUCCUAGUAUAGUUGGUCGUCCUAAACACCAAGGAGUAAUGGUCGGGAUGGGGCAAAAAGAUGCCUAUGUUGGUGAUGAAGCUCAGUCUAAAAGAGGUAUUCUGACUUUGAAAUAUCCGAUUGAACAUGGUAUCGUCAGCAACUGGGAUGACAUGGAGAAAAUUUGGCAUCAUACAUUUUACAAUGAGCUUCGUGUUGCUCCCGAGGAGCAUCCUGUUCUUCUUACUGAGGCACCACUUAACCCCAAGGCAAACCGAGAGAAAAUGACCCAGAUCAUGUUUGAGACCUUCAAUGUGCCAGCCAUGUAUGUUGCAAUCCAGGCCGUUCUUUCUCUGUAUGCUAGUGGUCGUACUACUGGUAUUGUGCUUGAUUCUGGUGAUGGUGUGAGCCACACUGUCCCCAUCUAUGAAGGAUAUGCACUUCCCCAUGCCAUCUUGCGGUUAGAUCUUGCCGGUCGUGAUCUUACUGAUUAUCUCAUGAAGAUUCUCACUGAGAGAGGCUAUAUGUUUACCACAUCUGCUGAACGGGAAAUCGUUCGUGAUGUGAAGGAGAAGCUUGCCUAUGUUGCAUUGGAUUUUGAACAGGAGCUUGAGACAGCAAAGAGUAGCUCAUCAGUUGAGAAGAGCUAUGAGCUUCCUGAUGGACAAGUCAUCACUAUUGGUGCUGAGAGGUUCCGUUGCCCUGAGGUUCUCUUCCAGCCAUCGUUGAUUGGAAUGGAAGCAGCAGGAAUUCAUGAAACAACCUAUAACUCAAUCAUGAAAUGUGAUGUGGAUAUUAGGAAGGAUUUAUAUGGAAAUAUUGUACUCAGUGGUGGCUCAACUAUGUUCCCUGGCAUAGCAGAUCGAAUGAGCAAAGAAAUCACUGCUCUUGCUCCAAGCAGCAUGAAGAUCAAGGUGGUUGCACCACCUGAGAGGAAGUACAGUGUCUGGAUUGGAGGGUCAAUUCUAGCUUCUCUCAGUACUUUCCAACAAAUGUGGAUUUCAAAGGCUGAGUACGAUGAAUCUGGUCCUGCAAUUGUUCACAGGAAAUGCUUCUAAGGUUGAGACAGUUGUGGUUAUAUUUCUCAUGUAAUCAGAGGUUUUGCAAUAGUGUGGAAUGUGGAUUUGCUUGCAGUUUUGAACUCUAUAUACUAGAAGAUACAGCAGAAGUGACCUUGUUCCAGUUUACGUGCUAUGUUGGUAACUGAAUGAUAGACUUGGUGUUAUUGUGCUUUAUAUUCCUGUAGUUGAGAGGUCGGAUUUGUAUGUUAGCUUUCAAGAUAUUAUGAAUAUUAUAUGUUCAUAUGAUGGUAAUGAAGAGUGAGAGAAUGGAUUUAUAUGUAGCUUUUGAUAUGUUGGGAAAGGUAUAUGUUCAUAAUGGCA